AUGAAUUACGUUGGACAGUUAGCAGGGCAAGUGUUCGUAACUGUGAAGGAGCUCUAUAAGGGACUGAACCCAGCCACAUUGUCAGGAUGCAUAGAUAUAAUUGUUGUACGUCAGCCAGAUGGAAAUCUUCACUGUUCUCCUUUCCACGUACGCUUUGGGAAAAUGGGAGUCCUACGUUCUAGGGAGAAAGUGGUUGACAUAGAAAUUAAUGGAGAAGCUGUAGAUUUGCACAUGAAACUGGGAGACAACGGAGAGGCCUUUUUUGUGCAGGAGAUGGAUAAUGGUCAGGAGGUAAUUCCUUAUCAUCUCUCCACAUCUCCCAUUCUGACUGAGGGAACUGCUUUAAUGGAAGCUCAGCUGAAGAGGAACUCCAUAGACAGGAUAAGAAACCUGGACAGCAGUGCAUCCUCACAAGUACCAUCCCAGGUCCAUGGAUCCCAGCCUUCUUCUGAAGCGUCUCCAGUCUGUAGCUCUGUGAAAAAAAGGAGGAAGAAGAGGAGGAAGUCUACCCAUAAAAUAGACAGCUUAAAAAGAGAAGACAAUGGAGACACGUCAGAAGAUGAAGACAUGUUUCCUAUAGAGAUUAGCUCAGAGGAAGAAAAAGAACCAUUGGACAAUUCAAGGUAUCACAAUGUGUUUGUUGAUGAAGUAUCUGACAUGAAGGCUCCUGCAGUUGCUAUGUUUUCUCAGUCUGCAUCUUACCCUCGGUCAGAUGGAGAAUGGUCACCUCUUCAGAGCUCAUUAGGUUCACGCCCUCCUACCCCUAACAGUGACUCAGAAUUAGUGAGUAAACCGAUGGACAGAAGCGGACUGAAGAAUAAUCCCCAUAUGCACUGGGCCUGGGGAGAGCUGCCCCAAGCUGCAAAGGCCAGUUCUCUGCUCAAAACAAAGGAACCCAGCAUGGUGGAUGUAAAUCCUUCUGAAAGCACUCACUUUCGGGUCAUCCCAAGUUCUCCUAUAGAGGAGUUUAACAUUGUGUCUCCUCUGCCUGCCCUUGGACAAGGAGAUGCAGCAACUGCUGAUGAAAGUGAGCCCUCACCAGCUGAGGCAAACAAGCCAGAGGGAGAGUCUCCAGAAGCAGCUGUACCAUUGUUGCCUGCCAAUGAAGAAAUAAAACAAGCUGCAGCUUGCUCAGCCCAACCAGCUGGCAAGACUGAUUCUCCUUCCAGAAAGAAAGACAAACGGAGCCGGCAUCUUGGUGCUGAUGGUGUCUAUUUAGAUGACCUCACUGACAUGGAUCCAGAAGUUGCUGCACUUUAUUUCCCCAAGAACGGGGAUGCUGUUCAAAGCAAGAACACGAACGACACGGGGCCGCGGUCUGCCAGCCAUUCGCCGCAGUCUGUCGGGAGCUCAGGUGUUGACAGUGGAGUUGAAAGCACCUCGGAUGGAAUUCGAGAUCUGCCCUCCAUUGCCAUUUCUCUCUGUGGAGGCCUUACUGAUAACAAAGAAAUAACCAAAGAAGAAUUCUUAGAACACGCAGUAACGUAUCAGCAGUUUGUGGAUAAUCCUGCUAUCAUUGAUGACCCCAACCUUGUCGUUAAGAUUGGAAAUAAGUACUACAACUGGACAACAGCUGGUCCCCUUAUGCUGGCAAUGCAGGCAUUCCAGAAACCUUUGCCGAAGGCCACUGUGGAAUCUAUAAUGAGGGACAAGAUGCCCAAAAAAGGUGGAAGGUGGUGGUUUUCCUGGCGAGGGAGGAACAGCACUAUUAAAGAGGAAACAAAGCCAGAGCAAGGUAUGAGUGGGAGUGGACUUACAGGAGAAGACUCCUCACAGAUGAGCAUGGCAAAUAGAAUAAAAGAUGAAUCUUCUUCAAGCGAUGAAGACCCUAGAGCUGCCAAACAAAACUUCGGGUCAUUACAAACCAACACAAGUCAUCUCUCAUUAUUGCCUGGAAUCAGUUACAAAAAAACGCUUCGACUCACUUCUGACCAGCUUAAAAGCUUAAAGCUCAAGAACGGCCCCAAUGAUGUGACCUUUAGUGUUACAACACAGUAUCAAGGCACUUGCCGCUGCGAAGGCACCAUUUACCUAUGGAACUGGGAUGAUAAAGUUGUUAUUUCUGACAUUGAUGGAACAAUCACACGGUCAGAUACUUUAGGUCAUAUUUUGCCGACUCUUGGCAAAGACUGGACACACCAAGGGAUUGCAAAGUUGUACCAUAAAGUGAGCCAGAAUGGGUAUAAAUUUUUGUAUUGCUCAGCACGUGCUAUUGGAAUGGCAGACAUGACCAGAGGAUACUUGCACUGGGUCAACGAACGAGGAACUGUGCUGCCUCAAGGGCCGGUGUUGCUGAGUCCAAGCAGCUUGUUCUCAGCUUUUCACAG